AUGCUCUUCAACCUCAAGCAAUAAAUUACAAUUAAUGGUUCAGGGUUUUGGAGUGGGGUAGCCAGUGUAUGGCGACCACAUGGCAGUCCCUCCGUUUCGUAGGCCCUGUUGCAUAUGGUCCUGGCGGCCGUAGCUCCGACGCCCUCAAUCGGAUUCUUGCAGACCUCUGUACUCGGGGCCACCCUAAGGUAGUGAUUUUCUAAUUUUCUUCGUCCCUCUCUGUUUGAUUCCGAGGGUAACGUAAGGAUAAGAAACUGGUGGUUUCCAUACUGGCGUCGAGUGUUUUGAUUUGUGGGGUUUCUUCGUUAUUAGAGGACAUGAUCACCCCAAACCACCCAGUCACCAUCUACUAACGCUACUUGUAGGCACAGCUACUGUCUGGUUCAUGGAAGAAGUGAAAGUCCAUUGGGAAGGAAAUAGGUUUCUUGUGUGAAAAUCGGUUCUUCUUAUAUGUGAGUUCUUAGUUUUGUACUUGUUCAGUGGUAUGUAGUUGGGGCCAACUGUGUCAGACGUUUUGUUUGGUAGCCAUGAUCUGGUGGAAUAUCAGGCUUGUCAGCCUGCUAUGUCCACCUCAA